GGAGUGAGAGGGAGGGAAGGGGGUGGCCCGCGUCCUCGAAAAUCCGUUAUCCGCGUCCUGCGAGAAGGAGAAGCAGCAAGUCGGUGUCGCAGUCUGGCGGUGGACGGCAGCAGGAGCGAUGUUAAAACGAUCUAUCAUAGGUACUCAGCCCUCCUGAAUGUUGAGUUGUCUCCGAGCCGACCAAAUCCCUGCCUCAACUGCCGACUUUGCCCUGGUUGGCAUCCCAUCUCCGUCAUUCCGGACAGAAGUGCGUUCCGUGUGGUCCAUCGAUGAGACAACUGAUGUGCUCAUCAUAACCAGGCAUCCCCGGCUACUCCGUGGUUCAUCUCACCGCUUGGAAAGAGGAGCAAGAAGCCAGUGCCUCCUCCCCGGGUCCCCGGAUCCCGCCAGGACGUGCACGACUCACGACAUCACGUUUCUGGUGGUGCAGAAAAUCCCAUGGUUUCGACACGAGUCAUCUGUCCUUCGAGAAGCCGGUUCGUUCCAUCUUGCUGCGGCUCUAUUCGCUGGUCCCUCGGCCGCGACAGGGAUAACAGGAUUCGCGGCGAAAACCGAGAAACGGUCCAUGGUCGGUGAAACCGGUGCCAAUACCCCUAUCGCUCUCCAUCUUUUUGACAAAUAGAUUCUCAUAGCAGAUGUGGGGUUGAGAGGAGUCAAGUCAAUCACCGUGGGGUUGAUGACGAACGCGGGAGACGACCAGAGAAAGAAAGUGCCGAUAAGGCGACGGCAACUAGGGACAUUCCGCCUGUCAAAGCCACCUCGAGCACGGGAUGCAG